AUGGACAGGGGAAAUAAAAACCAGACAUGGGUGAGUGAAUUCUUUUUGCUGGGGUUGUCCAAUGACUGGAGGACUCAAAUCUCCCUCUUUGUCCUGUUCCUGGCCAUGUACUUGGUAACUGUUAUAGGCAAUGCCCUCAUUCUUCUUCUGAUUAGACUGGACAGCAGGCUUCAUACCCCCAUGUACUUCUUCCUUAGUGUUUUGUCCUUUGUGGAUCUUUGUUAUGCUAGCAGCAUUACUCCACAAAUGCUAGCUCACUUGCUCUCUGCUCCAAAGUCCAUCCCAUACCACAGCUGUGUGCUCCAGCUCUAUGCUUCCCUGGCAUUCGCGGGGUCUGAGUUCUUCCUGCUGGGAGCCAUGGCCUAUGACCGCUAUGUGGCGGUGUGUCAUCCCCUGCACUACACAGUCAUCAUGCAUGGAGGACUGUGCUUGGGGAUGGCUGCCAGCUGCUUGGUGGCUGGCUUCGUGAAUUCACUGAUGGAAACAAUCAUCACUUUCCGGCUUCCCCUGUGUCACAAUAUUAUUAGCCACUUUGCCUGUGAGACCCUGGCAGUGGUAAGGCUAGCCUGUGUGGAUAUCUCCUUCAACAAAACAAUGGUGGCUAUCUCGGGAUUUCUGGUGAUCGUGCUUCCCUGUUUCCUGGUCCUAUUCUCCUAUGCUCGCAUAGUUGCUGCCAUUCUGCACAUUCUUUCUACUCAGGGAAGAAGCAAGGCCUUUGGGACUUGUGUCUCCCACCUCACUGUGGUUUGCAUGUGCUUUGGCGCUACAAUCUUCACUUAUCUGGGCCCGAGGUCUGCCUCCUCAGUAGAAAAGGAGAAGAUGGUGGCCCUGUUCUAUGCUGUGGUGGCUCCUAUGUUGAAUCCCAUGAUCUACAGCUUGAGGAAUAAGGAAGUUAUGGCUGCUCUCAGGAAGGUUUUUGAGAAAUUCAGAGAUGAAAGGUAA